AUGAGUUCUGUACCUGCUUGGAAACGUGCUGGUUUAAGCGUCAAGGCUCAACAACAACAAGAAGAUGAAGACUCAUUAACUACUAAAAGAAUUGAAAAUGCAGACUUGACAGUGAAAGAGAUUAAAAAAAUCAGUAAUAAAAGAAAACUUCAAGACGACACCAAACAUAAAUCCAAAAAGCCACCAAAACGUAUCAAACUACCUAAGAAUGAAAGACCACCACCGCCAGUAAAAGAUCAGUUGACAUAUCUCAAGCAAUUUGUGGAUGAUAAAGAAAAUUGGAAAUUCAACAAACUGAAACAAAAUUGGAUUUUGAAGAAUAUAAAGAAUAUUCCUAAAGAAUAUGAAGAGGCAUUAAUCUUAUAUUUGGGUACGCUUCAAGGUGGCUCUCGUGAUCGAAUUAUUCCUGAACUAAAAGAAGUGAUAUCAAAGUGGAACACCCAAUACGAAGAAGCUGAAAGAAAAAUUGAAGAGGAGUUGACUAAGAAAGUAGAAAAUGAAAUCGACAAAGAUUCCAAAACAAGUAACGAUGCUGAAAACAAAGAGCAAAAAGAAGAAGAAAAGGAUGCAGUUGACUUGGAGUAUGCACUCAGGUGUAGGGCUAUCUUAUCUAAAUUAACAGAUGAAGAUAUAGAGGUUAAAGGCCAAUAA